AUGGAGUCGUCGACUCAAAAUCAUGACGAUCUGCUUCCCGUUGACACGAAAGUCAACUUGCAAAACCCAGACUCUUCAAAGGCAGACACCGAGAGCAUAACUGAUUCAGAGCUCUCGGUCCUAGAGUCAAAACCUGAGACUUCACCUCUUACUCUUCCUUUUCGACCAGCUAAUCAUCAUUCAGCCAUGCAAGAGUCUCGGCAAAGACCGGCCGACCAACAGCAACAGUCGGGACGAGAGGCCAUACCCAAGACAUGGAGAUACCCUCGAGCAAAGACGCCACUUCCAACUUUGACGCAUGCGCAGAAAACUGCGAUUCGGGUGCAGGCCGCCAGGGAUACCUUUAAAGUGUCCCAAGAACUCUUGGGAAAUCUCACGGGAAGCUUCGGGCUCGGUUACAAAUUCCGUCACCAGAAGAUCAAAAGUCUCGACUCCGUUCUCAAGAGUUCUUCCCGUUACCCGAAAUAUCCCACUACUCAGGUCAAAGUCGUCAACAAAGACACUCUAGACGCCGCAAUUGCUCUCGACAAUGCAGCUGAUAUGAUGGGAAUCAAGAGCAAGAUGCGUUCACUCGUGCUCAACUUUGCAAAUGCUUCAGUCCCAGGAGGAGGCUGGCUGAAUGGUGCCAGCGCCCAGGAAGAACAGAUUUGCUACCGAACUACUUUAAGUUAUCAUGGUCUCUCGCCUGAUUUCUACCCCAUGCGAUCCGACGAGGGUAUCUAUACCAGCAACUGCUUGAUCAUGCGCGAAAAUGAGCAGAAAGGAUACUCGUGGAUGUGGUUGGGGAAGCCAGAGCUUCUCCCAUUGACAAGUGUCAUCAGCGUGGCAGCUACGCAAGGCCCGCCCUUGGAUUCAACUGGAACGAAGUACAAGAAUCCUAGUGAGCGGACCCUAAUGGAAGACAAAAUGCGCAGUAUCCUCCGUAUUGCAGCUGAUCAUCUUCAUACAAAACUUGUGCUUGGAGAUUUGGGAUGUGGGGCCUUCCAUCACCCCCCUGGUGAAGUUGCAGACUGCUGGGUGAAAGUACUCCAGGAGAAGGAAUUCAAAGGAUGGUUUGAAUUCAUCGUGUUUGCAGUUCUCGACAAGAAGGACGGCGAUAAUUUUUUGACGUUCAUGAAGGCCCUGCACGAUCUCAAGAUGUGA